GACUUUUUUGGUACAGUCUGCUGAUUCCUGCUUCCUAAGUUCGAACUUCACUUGAAUAUAAAGAAUGAGCGGGAGAGGUAGAGGAGGCGAUCCCUUUCUUUUCCACCCGUCGCGUCUAAGCCUAGUAGAUACUUUAAACUGUGAGUGUAUGUGAGAUAGAGAGAGAGAGAGAGAGACACACACACGCACACACACAUCGAUCCCAAAGCUGACGCCAUGGAUUUGCCAGCAGGUUUUGUCACGAGAGCAAUCUGAGGAUCUUCCUUUUUAACAACUGAGACACAAAGAGAGAGAGAGAGAAAGAGAGAGAGAGAGAGCGCGAGAGAGAGAGAGAGAGUGAGUGUGUUUGAGAAAGAGGGAGCGCGCACAAGCGAGAGGGGUUAGGUUGGAGCAGGUGAACCACACAGAACAAACCUCCAAGGGGCUCAUCGCUUCGACUUCACUGGUGUUGAGGAUUCGCAUCCUGACCAUGGUGCCAGCAAGUUGUUGCCCCGGACCUACCGCCAUCCUGGCCGUGUCCCUUCUUUUGGGACGUGGGGUUUCUUUUGCUCUGGGACAGAAUGACACGGAGCCGAUUGUUUUGGAAGGAAAAUGUCUGGUGGUGUGCGAUUCGAACCCUUCCUCGGACGGUGGGGUCACUUCUUCGCUGGGGAUAUCAGUGCGCUCAGGCAGCGCUAAAGUGGCAUUCUCUGCUGUCAGGAGUACCAACCACGAACCGUCAGAAAUGAGCAACAAAACUAUGACCAUCUACUUUGACCAGGUAUUAGUUAAUAUUGGGAAUCGAUUCGAUCUCACAUCUAGUGCUUUCGUAGCACCGAGAAGAGGGAUUUACAGCUUCAGUUUUCACGUGGUUAAAGUCUACAACAGACAAACUAUACAGGUAAGUCUCAUACAAAACGAGCACGCAGUGAUAUCCGCCUUCGCUGGAGAUCAGGAUGUAACAAGAGAGGCGGCCAGCAACGGAGUGCUCCUGCUCAUGGAAGGAGGAGACAAAGUCUAUCUGAAACUCGAAAGGGGCAAUCUGAUGGGAGGAUGGAAAUACUCAACCUUUUCUGGCUUCUUAGUUUUUCCUCUAUAAACAACCCAAACGGAAUUGUUUGACAAUGGCACCCUUUUGUGGUUGAAGGAGGUAAAUAGUAAUAAUAAAUGUUAUUAAUUCUAUGAAAAGAAAACUGCCUCGGAAGCAGACAGACUUAAUUGAAAUCUAUACACUGAAUACUGACGUCCUUCUUGGAAACGAUUCUUCUAAUUAGUUUCUGAUAACUGUAAACUAUUUAGGAUAAACCAAUUUACCGACAUGUGCAAUUUAUACUGAUGACGUUGGGAUUUUAUUGUUGGGAAUCCAAUGACUUUUUUUUUUUCCUCGGCCCAGAGAUGACUAAAUGUGCUUGGACUACAAAAUAAAUGUGAAGACGUCUAACCUGAAGAAUUCAAAAGUCCUUGAAAUGCGUGUCUCUAUCAUUGCUUUCUUUUGUGUUUGUAUAGCCUUAAAGAAAAAAAAAAAAAGGCAUCAGUCCAGUAAAGUGUGUGGAAUUUUUGGAUGUUCCUGUGUCAAGAAGUGCUUUACCAACAAAGCAAGUUUUGCACGAAUGGAAGAGCUUCUGCUUUGGAUUUUUAUUUUUAGUGUGUUGCUCAAAGUGUUUUCUUUUGGAUACUGAGAAAUGAAAUACAAAGUCAAUGAAAAAAAAAUCUCUUAUUUUAAUUGAUUGUUGAUAUACAAAUCUCUCUAUAUAUAAUAUAUAUACUCUUUCUGCGUCAUAUUCCUGACUGUUUCUGGAGCAAUCGUAAAAUUGGAUUAUCUAUUUUGCUAAACGUCUAGCUUAAUUUAUAAAUUACAUGUUCAUAAUAUCGUCUAUCCUGCGUAGCUUUAACUGAUUUAUCUGUUCAGUGGCUUUCUCACAGAUGUUUGCGGGUGUUGUGAAAACACCACAGAGAAAUCCUUAUUUAUUCCCACUAAAUUAUAAUAAAAAGUCUUUAUUGCCGUUCUCA